AUGGAAAUCGAAAAAGGGACGUCCGACCAGUCUUUCCUAUCUGGAUAUCCUUCAUUGGCAGCUUUUAUUGCCAGUGACCGCGAUCAGACAACGACAAUCUUCAAGAGGUCCAACCGUUUAGCCGCGCAGUACUCGCGGAACUGGGCUGAGUUCAAAAGAGCAGCCGACAAUGAUUCUCGCCAUAAGGGACGCAAAGAGCUCGGUGAUGAGAUAGUUCAAACACUCAAGGCAUAUCUUAACCAGUUAGUAUUGCUUCCUAGACUGCCAAAGCGAACACUUGAGGCAUUUUGUUUUAAAUUCUUCAAUUGUGAAAGUGAAAAACCAUCUCCGACUCUAUGUGCACACAUUAGAGAGUUAUUCUAUGACAGAGACGACUUGGUAGUAUUGAAAAUACAAGACCAUGAUCGGCUGACUGCGGUUUUCAGAGUCGAGAAAGAUAGAGACGGAAUUGUGUAUUCUUCGGACCAGCGAACUGCCCGGACUGUGACUGAUAUGUGUGCCUUGAACGCUGCUGCGCUCGUUGUUGGGGCUAUAAAGACAAAGCUGGGUGUUAUUGCCAUCUUUACUGCUUUUUUCGCGGCCAAUUCAGGAAUUCUGACAAAUUCAAGAAGGUCAGAGGUUUUUGCAGCAACUGCUGCGUGUGCUGUAAUGCUAGUAGUCUUCGUCAGCGGGAAUAUUGGUACUUAG